AUGGAGGUGGAAGACACGGUGCCGGAGGAGGCGGAGGAGGAGAAGAAGCCAGCAAAGGCAAAAGCAAAGGCCAAGGCUGCUGGAAAAGCAAAGGCAAAAGCCAAGGCCAAAGCCAAAGGCAAGGCGAAGGCAGCUUCCAAGGCUAAGGCAAAAGCAAAAGGUAAGGCCAAGGCAAAAGCCAAAGCCAAAGCCAAGGCUGAAGGCGAUGAAGCCCAGGAAAAACCCAAGAAGGCUCCGAAGGAAAAAACGGUGAGCCUCCGCAUGAAGGUCCAAACGCUUCUGGAGACUCGUGAUAUCGAGGAGGUCAUGGCAGAGAUCCGUGCAAAAGUCGCGGCCUGCAAGGAAGCCGUGGAAGAAGCGGAAGGUGCAGAGAAGUUGCUGGAUCAACAAGAGGAGGAGGUCAGGGAGUCCGUUGCUGAGACCUCAAAGAGGGUACAGGAAGCAGUUCAUCGCGAGGACGUUGCUUUAGAGAAGCUAAAGGCAGCUACAACUGCCAGGGCUGCAGCCGCUUCGGAGACUCACAAGGCAGCUGCUGGCCGUGGAGAGAUUGAGAAGACAGUGAAAGUUCUCGAGUUGCACAUGGAGGGCAAUCAGAAGCUCCUGGAACUUGAGCAGAAGAAAAAGGAGGCUGCUGAAGCUCUUGAAGCAGCAAAGAAGGCAGCUGAGGAGGCGAAGAAACGAGAGAAAGAAUUGGCCGAGGAAAGCAAAGCUGCACUGCAAGAGCAGAAGACAAAAGCAAGUGAGACCUUGAAGGGUCUCAAAGCCAUCCAGACACCAGAGGAAAAGGAAGAGCUGAAGGAGAAAAAGGUUCAGGAGAAGCAAGAGAAGAAAGCUUUAGCAGCUGAGUUGGCCCAGAUUGAAAGAAUGCGCCAUGAACGCGAGAAAGAACGCCAGCAGAGACUGAAACAGGUUGCAGGAAAAAGCAAGGCCAAACGCGAUGGUGGGCUGCCUGCCAAGUCUGCGAAGGCCGCGCGCCUGAUCCGAGACCUGGACUAG